CAAAUUUAAAAAAAGUUUAAAAUUAGAAAUGCCCAUUUCUUAACAAUACAAAUAAAAAAAUGUUUCCACAUAAACCCAUUAAUAUUAUCACCCUUUUCUUCUUCUUCUUCUUCACAUCUUCUCUCUUAAUUUCCCCUUCUUCUUCUUCUUCAUCAGCUGUUUUAUCUUCCAUUACCAAAGACCAUGAAACUCUUCUCUACACUCUCUCUCUUUACCUCAAUUCCCCUCCACAACUCACCAAUCUCAUCCUCGAUUUGAGCGCCUCUUACUCAUGGAUCGAUUGUUCCAAUUCCUCUACUCAUCGUUCUAUUUCCUGCAAUUCCCCUUUAUGUUCUGCUAUUGGAUCUCGCGCUUGUGCUAAGUGUUUUCAUUCCACUAAUAGCGAUGAUUGUUCCACUAGCCCUUGUGUUCUCUCUCCGUUAAAUUCUGUUACUCAUAAAUCCUCUACCGGCAAAGCUAUUGUUGAAUCGAUAGCUUUGCCGGUUACCGAUGGGAGAAAUCCGGGUCAAGUUAGGGUUUUUUCUGAGUUUUUGUUGUCUUGCUCGAAGAAAUCUUUGCUUAAAGGACUUACCAAAGGUGUAGUCGGUUUAGCUGGGUUAGGCCGGUCCAGAUUCUCACUCACUACUCAGGUCAGCACUUCUCUGUCUUCUACACGCACUUUUGCGUUAUGUUUAUCCGGUUCACCGUCUGCUCCUGGAGUUGCUUUUUUCGGUUCAACCGGACCCUAUUAUUUUUUACCCGAAAUUGACCUUUCAAAAACCCUUCGUUACACUCCACUCAUCUCAAACCCGGUUCAGUCUAAUUAUUUCAUUAAUUUGACUUCCAUAAAAGUUAACGGAGUUACCGUACAGUUAAACCAUAAUAAUAUCUCAGCCCUUGAUCAACAAGGAUUCGGUCUGACCAAGCUGAGUACUGUAACUCCAUACACCACACUACACAGUAACAUCUACAAACCAUUCACUGAGACAUUUCUAAAUGAAUCUACUAAGCUCAACCUCACAGUAACAAACCCUGUGGAACCAUUUAAGGUUUGUUAUAAUGCAGAUGAGGUACUUGAUACGAAGGUAGGACCUACUGUUCCAACCGUUGAUCUUGUGAUGGACAAUGAUGAUGUGUUUUGGAGGAUAUUUGGAUCGAAUUCAAUGGUUAGGAUUGCGCGAAAUGGCGUUGAUGUGUGGUGUUUAGGGUUUUUGGAUGGUGGGAUUAAGACUGAAACAUCGAUUAUAAUUGGAGGUCAUCAAAUGGAGAAUAAUUUAUUGCAAUUUGAUUUAGAACAAGAAAAAUUAGGAUUUAGUUCUUCAGUUUUGGCUUAUAGUACCUCAUGUUCUAAUUUUAAUUUUACCACUAGUGGUAAUUUGAGUUGAACAAUUCACAUCUUUGAUGAA